GGCUUCCAUUGUGAAUCCAGAGGCUCCUGAAAAUGGCACCUUGGUUUCAAGUCACUUUUGGGUGAGGUAUGUAACAGGGAUGAAAUAGCUAUACCAGGUGACAUCAGCACAUGGACAUUCUACUGUAUCCUGGAGAGCCCUGGCAUUCCAUGUGAUGUCACCAGUGUUGUGGCAACGCCAACUGUCACUGUGUCAUUUGUGCAGUGCCUCGUGUUUCACCUACAGACAUGCUGUCUAGACUGAACAGGAUUCUUGGGAGACAGGAUUGCGAGCAUAGGGACAACAAAGGGAGGCAGAAGGAAGAUGGCCUUCAGUCUCCAUGUCACACAUCAAGAAAUAAAUGGUUCUGGGGAAAGCACAGGACUACUAGGAAGGCAUCAUCCACACCUGUCUUCCUCACUGAGCAGGAGCAGCAGCUGAACCAGGUGGAUAAAUUGACCCUUCAGCUACAGAUGAUGACCAAUGAGAGGAAUGAACUGCUGGAACUCCUGGCCCUUUAUAACAACAAUGAGUUGAACAACAGGCUGAAAUCUGAGAUUGACAUGCUGAAAACACAGCAUAAGAAGGAGAUGUCAGAUGUAAAGAAAUUCCCCAAGGAGGUUUGUGAGGCCUCGUACAAGUGCAAGAAGCUGAGUGAGCAGACCAACUCCUACCACACCCUCUACAGUCAGCUCCUGAGUGAAUGGACUCAGCUAAGGGAAAAAGUGAGCAUGUUGAAAGAGGACAACAGAAAGCUGCAUGGGGAGCAGAUUUCACUACAAGAGUCCUGUGAGGAGGCCAGGAGGCUCUGUGAGGAGGCCCAUGAGAAGAUCUAUGACCUCUGGACAAAGCAGCAGCAGGAACAUCAAAGACUUGAGGAAGAUCUUCAGUCCCUGAUGAAGCAGAAGGAGCUGCUCACCAGGCAAAGGGACUUGGCAGCAAAGCUGCAGCAUCACUUCACUGUGUCCCAGAUGAGGUUUGAAAACCUCCAGCAGGAACUGGAGCAGACCACAGCCCAGGAUGAGAGCCUCCUGCAGAUGGAGCUGCUGAAGCAGAAACACUAUGUCUCAGUACCUGUUAAGGAGACUGGGAAGGCUGGAAGAAGCCAAAGACACCUUGAAGGCAUGACAUUCUACACUCCAGGUUCAAGGCCUCCUCAGAAAAUGCCACCUCUUUUCAGCUUUGAACUCACUCGUGAGGCAAAUAUCAACCUACCAUGAGGCGGUCCAGCCACAAUCGGAUCCACAUCUGUUGGCUCACUAUCCCCAGAUAAAAGUUUGUGUAAAAACAAGUCUAAUAUACAGAGAACACAACACAAAUUACUAAAAACCCUGACUCCAUAUGUGAUGGAAAUCUGACAAGGAAUACGGUGUUAAUGUCACACUGCCAUCCAGACAGACCACACCAAAAGCAUAAGAUUCUCUCUAGUGCAGUCUUCAAGCUGAAGCCAUGUCAUGGGCAAGUGUUGCUGAAGAUAAUUCACUACAGAGAAUACGCCAGUUCCUCACCUCUUUUGCUCUUCCAUAAUGAAAUUCCAAA